AUGGAUCCUACACUCUUAAUCGGUGAUAUUGUCGAGCGCGACUCUAGUGAUAAGAAGCCUGUCGAGUUCUCCGAUCAACCCAUCUCAUCUACCGGGUUCCCGCAACACAAACGACGAUGGAGGACGUCUGCCUUCAAACAGCAGCGCGCCGCCGAGGCAGCCGGCCAAACAUCCAGCGCCCGGUCACAACCCCAGGACCGACCUGAGGUGAAUAAAGCUCAAGAUUCGACUGCGAAUAUGGGCUUCGAGGAGGUUGAGAAGAAGCGCAUCGAUCAGGAGAACCGUCAGAAGCUCGCCAGCAUGAGCCCCGCCGAGAUCGCCCAGGCGCAAAACGAUAUCAUGAACGGACUGAAUCCUGCUCUCAUCCAACGUCUAUUACAGCGAGCCAAUAUCGAUGAGCCGGCUGGUCCAUCGCCGUUCGAUCCCCCGCCAUCCGAAACACCACAGGCGCCUGAGCCUCCGCCCGAGAUCAAAAUCGAGGAUACAUCCAAGACCAUGGCAUCAUCUGUUACAGAAGAUGCGGUGCAAGGCGCAAAAUCUACAAAGGAGCCAGGCUCAGAAAAUAAGGCAUCCCCAUCACCCGCAGUCUCGACAAAGAAGAUCGCAGACGACUACGAUGAAGACCAGGCCCCAACCCAGAUACCCCCUGAUAUUUUCCCAAUCACCGAUCUACCCAAGUCGGUUCACUUCCCAGCUCCUCCCAGCCUUCCUGAUGUCGAUCCUUCCGAUCCCGACUUUUUGGCUACACUGCAUGAGAAAUACUUUCCUAACCUCCCAGCCGAUCCAAGCAAGCUCGCCUGGAUGGCUCCUAUCCCCACCCAGGACAGCCCAGCAGACAAAGACUCUUCCUACUACCCACACCCUGAAAUCGCGGUAUCAGCUUUCCGAUUUGACUUUCGGGGUCGAUUCUUAUCCCCACGGGUCAGUCGAUCUAUCCCCUCAUCCAAGGGUCUACAUCAUCAUGGAGAAGCCCCAGAGGCUGCGGGAUACACCAUUGCGGAGCUGGCGCGGCUCGCCAGAAGUGCAGUCCCAGCACAAAGAUGCAUGGCAUUCCAAACACUUGGAAGAAUUCUAUACCGGCUUGGAAAUGGAGAGUGGGGAAAGACUGAAGACGAUCCCAUCGCCAUGGGAGUGUGGAACUCAGUUAAGCAGGGUCGGGUAUUGCAGAGUCUGAUGGAGGCGGCUAUGGGUGAGGGCGGCCACAGAGGCAGCCGCGCAUAUGCAACUGAGGCUCUCUGGCUUUUUGAAAAGGGUGGAUGGAAAGAAAAGUACAAGGGAAGGUGA